CACUUCAGCUCUGACACCAAGGCAAGAGGCUGGGAGGUCUACAAAUAACCAUCUGAGUGGUUGGUGUGAGUACAAAGGGUACUGGGGGGGGCUCAGCCCCCAAGGAAGAGGCCCAGUCCUCCCUCGACACCACCAUCAAGGGCCCAGGGGCACUCUUGUCCCUGCACGGACUGACUUAGGGAAUCCCAAACGAUGACAGAAAAGGAGGUGCUGGAGCCCCCCAAGCCCUCCCCAGCCGAGGCUGGGCAAAGUGGGCUGCAGCGGCUGAAGCAGUUAUUCAGGAAGGGGUCUGCAGAAACAAAGGAGAUGGAGCUGCCCCCAGAACCUCAGGCAAAUGGGGAGGCAGUGGGAGCUGGGGGUGGGCCCAUCUACUACAUCUAUGAAGAAGAGGAGGAAGAAGAGGAGGAGGAGGAGGAGCCACCCCCAGAGCCUCCUAAGCUUGUCAACGACAAGCCCCACAAAUUCAAAGAUCAUUUCUUCAAGAAACCCAAGUUCUGUGAUGUCUGUGCCCGGAUGAUUGUGCUCAACAACAAAUUUGGACUUCGCUGUAAGAACUGCAAGACCAACAUCCAUGAACAUUGUCAGCCCUAUGUGGAGAUGCAGAGAUGCUUCGGCAAGAUCCCCCCUGGUUUCCACCGGGCCUAUAGCUCCCCACUCUACAGCAACCAGCAGUACGCUUGUGUCAAAGAUUCCUCUGCUAAUCGCAAUGACCCUGUGUUUGAAACCCUGCGCACGGGAGUGAUCAUGGCAAACAAGGAACGGAAGAAGGGACAGGCCGACAAGAAAAAUCCCCUAGCAGCCAUGAUGGAGGAUGAGCCAGAGUCCACCAGACCAGAGGAAGGCAAACCCCAGGAUGGAAACCCUGAAGGGGAUAAGAAAGCUGAGAAGAAGACACAAGACGACAAACACAAGCAGCCCGGCUUCCAGCAGUCUCAUUACUUUGUGGCUCUCUAUCGGUUCAAAGCCUUGGAGAAAGAUGAUCUGGAUUUCCCGCCAGGAGAGAAAAUCACUGUCAUUGAUGACUCCAAUGAAGAGUGGUGGCGGGGGAAGAUUGGGGAGAAAGUCGGAUUUUUCCCUCCAAACUUCAUCAUUCGGGUCCGUGCUGGAGAGCGCGUGCACCGCGUCACAAGAUCCUUCGUGGGGAACCGGGAAAUAGGGCAGAUCACGCUCAAGAAGGACCAGAUUGUGGUGCAGAAAGGAGAUGAAGCCGGUGGCUACGUCAAGGUCUACACCGGCCGCAAGGUGGGGCUGUUCCCCACCGACUUCCUGGAGGAGAUCUAGGCGUGCGGGCACCUGCUGGCAGGAGACACCCAGGCCCCAAUCUGGGCUGGCCCAGGGGAGUCUGGGGCGGGGGGGG